GCCCGCGCCGGUGCCAGCUCCUGCACCUCUGCCGCGCGCCGAGCUCUUCACCAGGCGGCCGUGACAGAGAGAGCUCAGUCCACCAGACUCAGAGAGACAGACCAUGCUGCAGAGCCUGCUGACCCUGCUGUUGGCGCUGGCGGCGGCGCGCGCCAAGUCGCUGAACCUGAUGGAGUGCCUGGUGGCGCGUCCGCUGCAGGACAUCGAGGGGAACGCGCUGAGCGCCGACGCCCUGCAGCUGCACCAGAUCAGCGCGCCGCAGACGUGCGUCGGCAUCCUGUGCACGGCAGACGUGAUGACCGUGCAUGGCGCCGGCGGCGUGACCUACGCCUCGGUCAGCGUCGACGAGCGCACGGCCGAGGGCGCGCGCUGCCUCGAUGACGUGCGCAAGUCACGCGACGCCUAUCGCAAAUCCAACUUCCCGGUGACGUUCUACGCGGCCGGCGACCUGCACCUGGUGUUCUACGACUCGUCGUGCUCGGCCGGUCGGCUGGCCAAGCAGCGACUGCUGCUGCUGUCGGCGCUCAAGGGCAGCUCGAUCCAGCCGCUCGAGGCGUUCAUCCUGUGCGACUCGGACCUGCAGGUGACGCGGCCGGCCAUGCACGUGCAGCCGCACAGCCAGCGCGGCGCCGCUAAGCGCAGCGCCGUCACACACGUCACCAUGUACUCGGGCCCGCAGGCACGCUCGGCCGCCGCCGGCUUCGUGCCGCAGUACGCGCGCCUCGAGCUGGCCAGAGACCUGGUUGUGUCCGUGCUGAGUUCGUGCGUCGGCGACCCGGCCAAGAUGGAGCUGAUCAACAAGCUGGGCGCCACCUGGCUGGGCGAGAUGGACUCGUGCAUGCGUCUCAUCUGCCACUCCAACAUGGAGGAGCUGGCGCUCGGGUACUACAACUACAUCCUCUACGACGACGAGAAGAUGGAGGGCGAGGCCUGCUUCAAGGCGCUGCAGAGUAACGACAUCGGCACGACGGUCGACACGCCGCUGACGCAGGUGCGCGUCGUCAGCGCCGACGACGACUCCUGCACCGGCACCAAGAUCAUGGUGCUCAACCCCACCUACUCGGGCACCUCGAAGAAGCUUGCAGCGUUUCCUUUUCUACCAGGCAAGCUGGCGCAGCUCGGCCAGGACGGCGGCGCGGUGCCCGCCAAGUCCGAGUUCUCCUACCAGUGCGCCAACCUGUUGUGCGACUCGCGCGUCGGCCUCACGCCAUCCGCCUUCAAGAAGAACGCCUACAAGGUGACCGUCGACACGGAGAAAAUGCGGCCGCUCAACAACGUCUGCUUCAAGUCGCUGGGCAGGGAGAAGGCGGCGCGCGGCGCUGAUGCCGCCAGCUCGCUCGAGGUCGACGUCGCCUCGCUGGGCGUGUCGCUGCAAUUCAGCCUGUUGUAG